GGCAAGGAGGAAGAGGUUAUUAUUUCCGUUGUGACGUAGGCACUUCGAGGCGAGUUCGGAGUCGGUUCCCAGGCACCAGCUAAACCAGACGUCUGCCUGAGCCCUUCGUGGCUAGUGUCAUCUCCUCACUCGAAGAUCCUAACAACACCUUCAGGAUGAAUGACAGCAUCAUCGACUCUCUCGACAAAGAACAGCUCUGCGGACUCCGCAAGGCCUUCGACGCCUUCGACACGGACAAGAAGGGCGCCAUCAACGUGGAGACCAUCAGCACCAUCUUGAGAAUGAUGGGCGUCAAGGUGUCUGAGAAGAACCUGCAGGAGAUUAUCGCCGAGGUCGACGAGGACGGUUCCGGAGAGCUCGAAUUUGAGGAAUUCUGUGCCCUCGCCGCCAAGUUCCUGAUCGAGGAGGACGAGGAAUCAUUAAAAGCAGAAUUAAAAGAGGCGUUUCGUAUAUACGAUAAACAGGGUGACGGCUACAUCACGACGAAGGUGCUGAAGGAGAUUCUACGAGAACUGGACAACAAACUCACCGAGGAGGACCUUGAUGGCAUUAUCGACGAGGUGGACGAGGACGGUUCAGGCACCUUGGAUUUCGAUGAAUUCAUGGCGAUGAUGGCUGGCUAAUCCCUCCCUUUCCCUCCUUUUCACACUUUCCUUCUUGUCUUAUCUCACGGCCCUCGUAACCAGCUCCUGUUCAAAUCCACAUUCCUGUUCUCAAUUUCAGAGUUCAUGGAUAUGAUGACUGGUUAAUAAAUGCCACAAAAUGUCCAGCGUCUACUCCUUUUAAUAAAUAAAUAAAUAAACAUCACCAACAACAACAGCAACAUCAUCCUCCACCCAAUUAUCCACUCUUCCCAUACCAAAAGCGACAGGAAUUAUCCAGAAAUGCACGCGAGUCAUCUGCGUGAAAAUUAGUUUAGUCACCCCCCUCGCAUUCCUCAUCCUGACAUCUCGGCGAAAAACAACAGAAAACGGAACCUCUUCGGAACCUAAAUAUUUUAGGCUCGGAUUCCAUUGCAAAAAAAUGUUAAAGAGAGAAAAAAUCAAUGAUAUAUAUUUUUUUUGAGAUAUCAUCGUAGAAAAUCAAUGUAUAAGAUUAUGCAAAAGGAAGAUAUAAUAUCGUUGAAAAGAUGUAGACCAGCUAAAAAAAAAAAUCCUACAUAUUUUAACGGAUUUUAUUUUUUCUAGAAUAAUUUCCUCUAAAGAACCCAGAAUUUUUUUCAUAAUUUUUUUUUUCCUUUUAAUAUCACUGAAAAUCAUUUAUAAUCCAAUAGACGAGAGAAGACUGUGGAGUGUUUUAUUUCAUCUAUUGUUUUAUUAUUUUAAAAAAAUGACUUUUUGAAUUAAUUUCUUAUUUUUUCUUUGUUAUUUUUUUGCCAAGAACAUUUGCAUUUUAUAUAUAUAUAUUUUUUUUCAUAUUCUGAGAAGUAUAACAUCAUUAACCUAAUUGAAGUGAGUUUUUUAUUUAACUUACUGAUUUAGGAAUAUAUUUAUGUUGUCAUUAAAACAAGUGUUAUGUACUAUGUUUUUUUUAUUUAUUUGACUUUGUGUUAACUAAAUGCUUAUAAGUGAUCUUGCUUUAUUGUUUAAGAUUUUAAAUUAAAACUGAACCAUU